GAGUGGCUGGUUAAUCGACAUACAAAGGGAGAUGGCGUGUUUAGCCUGAAUCGUACUUUGACGUCACCGCCAUAUUGGAUGUGAAAAAGUGGAACGAUCGAGAAGAUGCGUCGUUCAUGUGCGGCGUGGAGAUGUGCCAACAAAAGUAAAGUAAAUUAUAUAUAUAUUAAUAUCUUUACAUUUUCAGAGACUCACCGCACAGUUCUGAGUCUGAUAAGUUGCUUCGCCGGUGGAGUUUUACUGGCAGCAUGUUUGCUCGAUAUCAUUCCCGAUUACCUGGCGGACAUCAACACUGUGCUGGACUCUAACAUGAUUGAGGUCAACUUCCCACUUCCUGAGUUCAUCAUGGCUGUCGGCUUCUUCACAGUCCUCAUAUUGGAGAGGAUGGUUCUGAACUGUCGGGAGAUGGGAGGGACCGUGGAUGAGAGGGCACCUCUUAUACAGGACAUGAGGAACGGCCACGCCCACGCCCACGUCCAUGGCUCCACCGCGAGUCCGGAUCUGGAGAGCAGCGGCCACCACGUCCAUGUUGACUUUCAGGCCCACUCGCCUUUUCGCUCCUUCAUGCUUUUCCACUCGUUGUCGCUCCAUUCGGUUUUUGAAGGGCUUGCUAUCGGCCUGCAGAACACUGACUCGAAGGUAAGAAAAAAGGCAGCGCUUCAUCUGAUACUGGAUCAUCUCGAGGUUACAGAAAAUACUUUAUAGCUAGCAAUUUUCUCUCAAAUUCUGUUUUGUUACACUUUUCCAGUCUUGCCCAACACCUUGGUGCAUUGCUUAUACAUUAUACUGUACAUCAUGAGUGCCAGUGCUGUCUUGCAAAGUUGCAGUGUAUAAUCUAUAGCAAAGCUAAGCAAAGUAUGGCAGGUGGGCCAUUUACAGCCUGCUCCAUUCUUUAAUCCGGUCCAUGAAGCAUUUACAUCAAGGGUUCACCAACUGACAGCAGGUUCUUGGGUACUGAUUUAUGUAAAGGGCCACCAGUUUGAUACACACUUUUGAAAUAACAUUUAGUCAAAUCAACUUGAAUUAUAUGUUGUCGUUAACAAUUAAUGACCUUUGUCUACUCUCCAGCAGUAAUUCUCAACUGGUGGGGAAGGACCCAAAAGUGGGUCGCGGAGCCAUUUUGGGUGGGUCGCAGAGAGCUAGUAAAAAGUUACAUUGGUCGUGUUCGUAUUUGGAUUUUUAUUAUUUUUUUUCUGACCAUGUUAAUGAUCUCUUAAAAUAGUUCUAAACAAUGAUUUAAUAAGGUAGGAUGAAAAUCAAUGCGCAACACUUUAUUUUCAAAUGAUCACUUUUACCACAUUCCUAUCACAAUCACAACCAGCCUUGUUUACUAAUAAAUGCGUAGAAAUGUUUGCCCUCUGCGCACAAGUUAAGUGUAUACGAGAAAUCACCAUCAGAUUCAUGUCCCAUGCGUACCGGACAAUUUUCUUCGCAUGUUAAUGAAUCAGAAUUCCUUCUACUGUACAAGACGGGCUCGUGCCCGCAACUUGCAAUCUGCCCCAUUCCCCUACAUAUAAAAAAACAUCCGUCUGACGCACCUCAGCCAAUGCGGGAGGUUUAACUCGCAAAAGAUGGCUGAUCCAAACGUUUCAUAACGUUUUUAAUCUUUAUCCUAUGUUCAAGAAGUUGGUAUCAUCAGAAAGAUUGCACAGCAACCAAGAACAUAUAGCCUAAUAAUCAUGUUAAUCAUUUAAUGAAUUCCGAAUAGAGAUUAUGGAGGUCUGAGAAUAAGCAAACACUGCAUAUGUUGUUAAAAUACAUGGUGAGAAAUACAUACAGAAUCAGAAUCAGAAUCAUCUUUAUUUGCCAAGUAUGUCCAAAACAUACAAGGAAUUUGUCUCCGGUAGUUGGAGCCGCUCUAGUACAACAGACAGUCAAUUGACAGAACACUUUGGAGACAUAAAGACAUUGACAAAAAACAAUUGUGCAAAAAGAUGCAGAGUCCUCUAGCACUUAGAGCAGUUCGAAUGACUAAUAUUGCAAUAGUCCGGUGCAAUGACCAUUGUGCAAAGGGCGCCGAGACUUCAAGGAGUGUAUGCGGUUUAAAGUGACGAGUAGUGCGAUAAUCUGGGACAAUGUUGGUUGUGCAAAUGUUACAGAUACUCCUCAAUCAGUGUGCAAAUGGAGCAGAUGCUACUCUGGCAUGAGUGGCCAGUAUAUGCAAAUAGUGCAGCACGGCGAGACAACUACAGUGAGUGCACGAGUAAUACAUAAUUGGCCCCACAGAAAUGUGACAACGAACUCAAGUCAAAAAAUUACCAGCUUGUUGUAAUGGAAUUAUAGGUUAGCUGUUUAAGAAGUUGAUUGCAAGAGGGACGAAGCUGUUGGAAUGUCUACUAGUUCUAGUUUGCAUUGAUCGGUAGCGCCUACCUGAGGGAAGGAGCUGGAAGAG